AUGGUCUACCUUGGUCUCUCAGGCAAAGGCCUCCUAGUAGCCAUCACCUGUUCCGCAGGCAUGGGCUUCAUCAUCUUCGGAUACGACGAUGGAGUAAUUGGCGGAUUACUCACUGCAACUGCAUUCAAGGAAACAUUCAACCUCAGUUCCUCGAUGGAAGGCACAGUAACAGCCCUAUUCGUGAUAGGCUGCCUAGUUGGAUGUCUAUGCACAAGUUUCAGCGGCGGACGCUGGGGGAGAUUAACCAUAGCUCAGAUUGGGUCCGCCAUUCUCAGUAUCGGAGCUAUAAUCCAGGCUUCAAGCUACACUGUGCCUCAGUUGAUUGUUGGAAGAAUUGUUGCUGGGCUGGGACUUGGUUUGAUCACUAGCAAUCUGGCGGUUUGGCAAUCUGAGACAUCAUCAAGGGAAAUCAGAGGUACACUAGUUGCAAUUUCUCUGAGCUUUCUCAUCUUGGGGCAAGUUUUGGCCUACUGGAUUGAUUAUGCUAUGUCGCGGUAUAGCACGACUGUUUCUUGGAGGUUUCCAAUGGCUUUUCAGGCAUUCCUGGGGAUCAUGCUUAACGUCAUGCUGUUUUUCAUGCCCGAGUCUCCUCGAUGGCUCUUUCAACACGAUCGAUACCAAGAAGGAACUGAGGUUCUUCGCCGCCUUCGAUUGUCGAAUGGUCAGGUUGACGAAGUGGCUCUGGCCACCACGGUCGCCGAAAUUCAAGACGCACUGGCGCUUGAAAGUGAACAGAAAGGAUGGAUGGAUCUUAUCCGAGAUGACCGUAUCCGCUCCCGCCGACGAGUUGCUUUGGCCUGUCUCUUAAACGCAUGCCAGGCUUGGAGUGGGAGCACACCGAUUAGUUAUUACACCACCGUUAUUUUUGAGGAUUCGGUGGGUUUUGGUCAUCAAUUCGCUUUGUUGAUGUCUGGGUUCCUACAAAUUUGGUUCCUUAUCGCUUCGUUCGGCACCUGGUACAGCAUUGAAAAAUUAGGACGACGGCGGUCAUUCAUCACUUCCGCCAUUGGUAUGGCAGCUGUCAUGGUGAUCAUGGCGGCUAUGCUAGCAAUUGAUUCGAAAGUUUCCGGAAUUGUCGCUGCAGCCAUGCUGUUUGCUUACCAGGCUUUCUAUACCUGGGGUUUCAUGGGAGGCAUUUGGUGUUAUGGUCCAGAGAUCCUGCCUCUCGCCCACCGAUCGAAGGGAGUCGGUCUAGCCAACGCUUUUCUUUGGCUAUCAACAUUUGUGGUAAUCGAAGUGGUUCCCGUAGCGAUUGACAACAUUGGAUGGCGAACAUAUAUCAUCUUUGCGGCGUUCAAUCUCGCGUUCGUCCCAAUGGUAUAUUUCUUGUACCCGGAGACUGCAGGAUUCAGUCUAGAGGCGGUGGAUCUGACAUUCAUGGAUCCGAACAUUUCCCCGGUGAAGAAGGCAGAUGAGCUGUGGAAGUUAAUUCGCCAAGGCCAUGAUGUGACUCUGACAAACCAGGUCAAUGAGAAGAAUGAGGAUGACCGGGUAGACCAUGUCGAGGUCGCGUGA